UUUUUCUUUUUCACGUUUUUCUCCUACCCCUCACUGAGCCACUCAGUCCUGGUGCAGAAAGAUUUUAGUUGGGGGGAGGACAAGCAAGCAGCAGAGAGAGGGAGCAGGAGGAAGCCAUGCAGAGAGUGAAGCAGCCCAGCAAUGAUGCUUGAUGAGCCUGAUCACUGAACACCACAAGAACUUUCACUUUUCCUGAUUUCCAGAGGGACCAAGGAAUCAGACAGGAGGAGACACUGAGUCAUUGUCUCAGUCGACAUCAAACGUAGAGUCCAGGACGUGGAAAAGAAGAAAAGAGAGAAGGAGAAGGGCACAAAUGCAAGUUGAAGCAGUGAGGCAGGAGACGCUCUUAUAGGCCUAACAGAGAAGAAGGUGAAGCGAGCCACAGCACAAAGAAAAAGGACCACUUUCCAGAGUCACCUCCUCUAAGACCCCAAUCAGACAGAAACAGGAAGAGAGAAUGGCUAGUUCAGGUCUCCAGUUGUUGGGUUACUUUCUAGCAUUGGGUGGCUGGAUUGGGAUCAUCUCCACAACAGCACUGCCUCAAUGGAAGCAGUCGUCCUACGCCGGCGAUGCCAUCAUCACCGCCGUGGGUCUUUAUGAGGGGCUGUGGAUGAGCUGCGCUUCACAGAGUACGGGUCAGGUGCAGUGCAAGAUCUUUGACUCCAUGCUCUCACUGGACAUUCACAUCCAGACAUGCCGGGCUCUCAUGGUGAUAUCAGUGCUGCUGGGCUUUAUUGGCAUCAUUGUCAGUGUGGUGGGCAUGAAAUGCACCAAGGUAGGAGAUAACAACCCGUCCACCAAGACCCGCAUCGCUGUCACUGGAGGGGCGCUCUUCCUGCUCGCAGGUCUGUGCACACUGGUGUCUGUGUCCUGGUACGCCACUCAGGUGUCCUAUCAGUUCUUCAACCCAAACACACCGCUCAACGCCAGGUACGAGUUUGGCUCCGCCCUCUUUGUGGGCUGGGCUGCAGCUAGUCUGACGGUUCUGGGCGGCUCCUUGCUGUGCUGCUCCUGCUCCAAAGAUGAGAUGCGUGGGCAGCAGUAUUAUCGCCAAUCACAGCCUUCCACAGCCAGGGAGGCAGAGUUGUUGAGUGAAACUAGUUUUCCUGACUGAUCAGCCCCCGUCUUUUUAUCGAGGACUGUCCAACUGUUCAACCACUGACACCCCCACCCCCCACCCCCACCCCGACAUCUCUGCUAUCCAGUCGGAGCUAAAGCAGAUGAUUACUUUUCCGAUAUCUACACCUUGUCCUUUCUAAUGAGAAUCAGAACGUAGUCUCCCCUGCCGUAAACAUUGACUCAAUUUCAUCAGAGAGUCAGACGUUGACCCUACAACACCCCUCUAGUGUCGUCCCAUUGGCUGUUGUAUUGAUUUGUGCUGUCAUCUCAGACCUCUGGGCAUCAUAACUGUGGUUUUGUUGGAUUGAUUUUGUUAUUGUGACUGUAACGUGACUGAAUUGUUGUUUUUUCCUUUGAAUUGCAGACCAAAUGUUAAAAGUACCCCACCAGAGAAAAGGGAGCAGUACUUGUAGUUUGGGAGUCUUCUGGCCUUACCAUGGUUUAGAUUCUGUCAACGGGUGAAAGCCUCUCAAUGGGGAAUACAAAACAGACAGAAAUUAUUUCAUGAACUGCUCAAAAGGUUUUUCAAGCAGAAAAAUCCAACAUUCUUUGGCAGUUUUCCUGAGUAAGACAAUAACCUUGUCUGUGUUGUUGACUUUGAGAGAGACAGUCAUUCAGGGUAUGGUGUAUAUAUAUCACCUUUUCUAUUCAUUUUUAUUUACUACAUACAUAAUGUUUUACUACAUUUCCUUGUAACACGUUUGUAUUUGAUGUUAUAGAUUUUUGUCUAAAGCCUCAUCGAUCUUCUGUUAGACUUUUUAAUUGUUGAUGAGUGAAUGUGAAACAACUCUGUAGUGUAAAACACACACACACACACACACACACACACACCGUGCGAUAUGCCACUGUUUAUAAAAAGCUGUGCCAGGUCCUCAGUAACCUGGACGAAGGACGGAGCAGUAUUUGAUUAGGAAGGGUUGUGACCAGCAGCAGGAAGUGUGUGGAUGACAGACAUGUUUGAUGUUUGACUCUAGAGGACGGGCUGCAUUCUGUACUAAGGAACUCCAGUUUGACGCCUGCAGCUAUUCAUAAUGCCUUUCCGUUCUUCUAACCUGUACCUGCUCAGUGUUGUGUACCACCUCAUUUACAGUUACCCAUGUCUGCUUCUUGUAGAAUGAAGUAAACAAAGAAUGAAAGA